GUUCCGACGAGGUCGCCCUAACUACUCCUAGUGAGUUUCGCAUGUGGGCGGCGCAGCGGAGCGCAUCGCGCGCAGCGUAAUCCGCCGAGUAAACAUUCGUCAAGUAGCAGAGCGCACGCGAGGAGAACGGCCCAAGGGAUCCCUUGUGUUCGUAUCGUUCGGAAGCAACGUAGCCCCUGUGGGAGAGCGGAGUGUCCCACCGCGGAGUGUGUGCCGUCGUUUGCGGAGUGCGUCGUUCGCCGACAGCGAAGUGGUGGUCGUUAACGGCAUAGUCGUUCGUCGUGUUUCCAGUCCUCGGCUCCGUGGUUGUCGUCGUCAUCAUCGUCGUCACCGAGGGUCGGUUGGCCGAGCAAAAAGAGGAGUGCGGAAGAGAGAGAAAGAAAGAAAGAAAGAAAGACCGUGUAGAGCGGCGCCAGCGAGGGACGGCGGCGCGCUCUGUGAAACCGAACUCAGGGCGGAUCAUCGCCCCGUCAUCGCAUUCGCCGGAAUUGUCGUUUGCGAGCACCCCGUGCUCUGUGCUGCCAGUCGAACAGCGCAAUCGAUAACCCCGCGGGCGCUUUUUGCUUGGGCGAACGAGAGAGAGAGAGAGAGAGGUCGUAAUGGCGAGAGCGUGGCGUCGAGGGUGAUAGGCGCGCUGGAGUGGGAGAGACCGUGGCAAAAACAAUGCUGAAUCGCCAGGGAGCCGCGCGUAAGUGAACGAAUUGUGUGUUCUGACGAGGAAAAUCAUCUUUCAUCAACGCGGUCAAGGAUAUUAUGCGCCACUUGUAAUCAACUUCAACUCUUGAAAUAUGGAUGAUGAGGAAGGAUCUUCUAGCUCAGGGCCUAUGUCUUCGCUGAACAGCUUGUUCUCUUUCACGAGUCCCGCUGUGAAAAAGCUGCUCGGCUGGAAACAAGGCGACGAGGAGGAGAAUUGGGCCAAGAAAGCGGUGGAUUCGCUGGUGAAGAAGUUAAAGAAACGCAAAGGCGCGAUCGAAGAAUUAGAGCGUGCGCUGAGCUGUCCGGGUACACCAAGCAAGUGCGUGACGAUACCCAGAAGCUUGGAUGGCAGAUUGCAAGUUUCUCACCGCAAGGGCCUGCCGCACGUGAUAUACUGCAGGGUAUGGCGAUGGCCGGACCUGCAGUCACAUCACGAAUUGAAGCCACUCGAAUUGUGCCAGUAUCCGUUCUCCGCUAAGCAGAAGGAAGUCUGCAUCAAUCCCUAUCACUACAAGAGGGUGGAGAGUCCGGUGCUGCCGCCUGUGCUGGUUCCUAGACAUUCGGAGUACGCACCUGGUCAUUCUCUACUGCCGUUCCAACAGUUAGCGGAACCCACGAUGCCACACAACGUAUCCUACUCGUCGAGCGGCUUUAAUGCCUCUUCGACCGGCGGUGUGAAUCCCACGUCUCCCAUGUCCUCCGUCGGUUCUGUGCCAAGUCCGGGAAGUGCGACAUUGCCGAAUCCACAGAGCCCAUACGGCACGAACGGCUUGCCGGAAACGCCACCACCGGCCUACUCUCCUCCCGAAGACGGUUCGCAAACCGGCCAAUCGCCACCAUCGGAUUCAGUACCGAUGGACACGAGUGCACCCACCGAGGUGGCACCUGUGUGUUACCAAGAACCCCUUUAUUGGGCCUCAAUCGCCUACUACGAACUCAACUGCCGGGUGGGCGAGGUAUUUCACUGUCAGUCGCACUCCGUGAUCGUCGACGGUUUCACAAACCCGAGCAACAACUCCGACCGCUUCUGCCUGGGGCAGUUAUCCAAUGUGAAUCGCAAUUCCACGAUAGAGAACACAAGGCGACACAUAGGCAAAGGAGUGCAUCUGUACUACGUCGGGGGAGAGGUCUAUGCCGAGUGCCUGUCCGACUCGGCCAUAUUCGUACAAUCUAGGAACUGUAAUCAUCAUCACGGUUUUCAUCCCAGCACAGUUUGCAAGAUUCCGCCGGGAUGUUCGUUGAAAAUAUUCAACAAUCAGGAGUUCGCCCAACUGCUUUCGCAAAGUGUGAAUCAUGGCUUCGAGGCUGUCUACGAAUUAACAAAGAUGUGCACGAUCAGGAUGUCGUUUGUGAAAGGAUGGGGCGCUGAGUAUCACCGGCAGGACGUUACGUCUACCCCUUGCUGGAUCGAAGCACAUUUGCACGGACCCUUGCAAUGGUUAGACAAAGUGUUAACACAAAUGGGCUCGCCUCACAAUGCCAUUAGUUCUGUGUCAUAAAUAAUAUACGCGCCCUCCACAGAAUGGUUCGUUAAGAGACAAAGACAAUUAGUUGCUCGAUGCAUUCUGACCUGUUUAAUAAGACUGGCCGCAAAGAUGCAAGAGUUACGAAGACCCACGUGCACGUACACGUUCGAUCACACACGGAUUUGUGCGCCUGUGAGUUACUUUAUAUGUUGUGUCGAUAUUGAAAUCAAAUCUUACGAGAAUAAGACGGCGACGAAAAAACGGGGCUAAACAAGUUGUAAUUAUUCCAAGAAAAGCGUUCCAAGGAAUUGCAAAAAAUUACAUGUGAAAUAUUUAACAGCGAUCUCUGGGAAUUAUCGUGAUCACAGAAACAUACACUUAGAUGCUGUAAAACUCUUUGGCUGUUACAUAGGGAAGGAAUUAUUACAUAAAAUGGUAUAUGUAAUAAUGGUAUAUGUAUAAAAAAAUAUUUUUCAAAUCUAUGCAUCAGUCGUAAUACUUUAUUUUAUAUGGAGACUUAUUGUGGAAGGUAUUUAUCACACAUACGGUGUUGUACCACAAAAUCGGUUAUUAGACGAUUUUAAGAUUUAUUGUAACGACGGUAAAAAAAAAUAUAUAUAUAUAACGAAUACAGCUUCUUGACAAAGAGAGUAAAUUCUCCGAAUUACAGGGCGAGAAAGAAUAUAUAUAUAUGUACAGGUAUAUAUAUAUAUUCUAUGUCUUCUCGAUCGAGUUUAAUCUAACGAUUAUGUCUCUUAAGUUACGUGUGCGCUUUAAAAUAUGUUUAGAUCUAGAUCUAUUGAAAUCUUAGCGCGAAAGAACUCACAAUGUAAGCGCGGGGUUUUAUCGAUAAAUCGCGCGUUUAUAUUUCAAUGUAAGACAUUGGACGCUGAUCUCACGUUGACUGCCGGAAGUUAACUGCGUCCGAUGAGUGGUUCAUUGCUUUCUCCAUCUCCGUGUAGGAUUAUAUCGCAUUGUAUUCUCGAUUAUAUUGUGUCACGCACCGAAUCGACGCUUUCCGCACAUUACCGAUCCCUGUGAACAGAACUCGAUUAAAAGGCUACACGAUUAGAUAAGUCUCGUGUGUUGCGAGAGUGUAAAUUAAAUUUCACACGCGCGCCGUGCACCUUCCGUACGGGAAUGUCGCGCGCAAAAUGUGCAAAUAAAAAGGAAGAACGUCAUUAAUUAGUAAGUUCAUCACGCAUCAUUGCUCGACUAAAAUUUACGUUCACCGAUCGAUUGGACAUGAUCUUUAAAGUUACGUUUGUUAGUUUCCUAUCGAAGAAAGGAAAAAGAGUGCCAAAAGGAACGGAAUAUUCGCAUAAUAUCUUUAAUUUACGCACUGUGAUAUUUUAUCAGAGAGUUACGAUUCUUUCAUUGUAUCUAAGCACGUUCCCAAAGUCUGAGAUCAUGUAAUCCGAAAGUACAUCGAUGUCUCUUUGAGUGUCUUAGCCGUGAGAUAUAUUUAUAUAUAUACGAACAGUGCCUAAUUAUCUAGACAAUACCAUCUUUUUUCACUGCCGUUUGCUGUCACUUGUUUGCCGAUGUGCCUAGCUGUGAUUCUUUGCUAUUCAAUUUGGCAGAUAUACCUAUUGCGGUAAAACGAAUGAAAGUACGAAAGGAACGUGGUCUUUUUGCAAAUUCCGCGAUUCCGCGAUAAAACCGAAUAAAAGUGCGAGCAGAAGCAAAAGAAAGUAAACACUACUACUAGGGGACUAAGGUAUUUGGCUGAUAAUUACGCGAUUAAGUGUGAUAUAUAAACGAGAGAAAGUAUGGUAGAAAUAAGAUAUCGUAACUUACGAUCUGGGGAUCACACGGAGAAACGUGGAAAUCCGCGACGAGAGAUCGAUUUGAAGCGUCGUCGCGCGAACAAACAGGAUAUUAUAAUAUAGUACGGACACGAACGUCGACGAGAAAUGUUACCUUAAUUCCAUAUUGCACGGUGUGGUGCAAUCGUUUGCGCUAACUGUACGAGCGAUGGGGACAAUAAUCGACGACUAUACGAAAAGGGUAGCAAAAAAAAAAUACAAACAAUUAUAAGAUACGUUCAGCCCGUCCUAGAGCUAAGGAAAUUUAUUGUUCGAUACAAUGAUAUACGAAUUGGAUCGGAUUCUGCGCACGGAGGAGCCGCUCGAUCUAUUCCCGUAUUGUAUUACGAAACAAAGAGCGAGCGACGGUAAAGGAUACAUUGUGCGUCUAUUCCUCGAACGAAGUUCUCGCGAAUUUUGGCUCCUUCUUCCGUGAAGUGCGAUCCAAUUUGAUGCCCCAAGGCGUUCUCUCACCACCCGGAUGUGGGUACACGGAUGUUAGAAGUCUCACGUUAAUAGCGAUUAUGCCGUAUCACGAUUAGGGCUAUUGAUCUUCGAUAAUUCCGAAGUUUCGGAGGAGGAUUCGAAAGAAACUUCAAACUUUCGAAUUUUAGUAAGCCGAAGCUUCGAAGGCUGGAAUCUUCGUGAUUCGUGUUAUUGCCUAGCAACGGUGCGAUGAAUAACAGGGGAAUGAGUAAUCGUUAGGUCCACCUGUUCCCACACGUUAUUGACAAGUCUGACCAAACCGACGGUCAUUAAGAUUAGACAGCGGCUUUAAACGACGGGUUUUUUUUUACAUUUAAAAAUCUUACGAUUUCGAUGUUUCGGAGUUACAAUAUUUUUCAAGUUUGAGAACUGAACAUCGAGGCUAUCCAGAUAUGAGGUAUUCGAAAUCCGAAUAUCGAAGCCUUCGAAGGAAGGAAAACCGGCCCUAAUCACGAUACAUGUUCGCACAAAAUCAUCGAACGGCGGCGACUGCGAUUAGAACCGAUUAUAAUGGAAUUGAGCGAGAUCUUUCUGUCGAGCUUUUGUCGUCGUCGAAGCGAGCACGAUGCUUUACUGUAAGACGCACGUGUAUGGAUAGUUUCUCCCUAGUGCAAGAUUAUAUUUACAGCUUGUAUUUCGCGUUCUCACCAGUCCUCGUUUUCUCGCUAACCGAACCGUCUCACGGAUUAUUCGCGAAGCCCGUUCGCAAACCUCUCGCCUGAUCCUUCGGAACUUGAAUUUUGAUACGACCGGAAGAGAGAAAGAGAGAGAGAGAGAAAUGCGUGUAUACAUACUUCCUUACCACGAAGUAGCGUUAUUCGCGAUAAUUUGACCCUGAAAUUCGACGAUCGCGAAGAUUAACGGAGCACCGGAUUUAAUUGCGUGCCGCCCGAGUUUGUGCCUUGAAAGCCUUUUAUAUUACGUAACUGCGUAGGACAUUAUUAUAUAUUAUAUAUGCAGUUCUUCUGAAAAAUAUGUAGCGCAACAAAACAAAGAUGGAUGAACACGUUGUGUCCGAAAACUCACGUGCAAAUUUUUCUACGCGUAAAAGAGAAGAAGAAGGAGAAGAUGAAAGAAACGAAAAUGUAUUUGGAAUCCCUGAGAAUUGUCCACUUGUAAAAUAAAUGUUAAACUGUUUGUCUCUGAACUGUAGCGUCGCAUUGUAGUAAACGUAUAGUCACGCUUCAGCGUCGCAUUGUGGUCGCCUGAUAUUGAGUUUUUUUUUAUUUGAGAUGAAGAUUGCACCUCGGUGUGAUUGUGUGGCGCGUACACAAGGCCAUGCCGGAAAUUCACGUGCCUUGCAGAUAUUUAAAGGAAUCGAGCGCCUUCCAGCAUUAAUGUGGAGGCAACGAUCAACCGAUCUGUCAUUGGCACUUAUCUACUGUACUCUUGUUCCUCUAUAAAUUAUCAUAUUAUGAAACGCAUAAUUACGCAUUAACGUAUAUUAGUAUUUUUUUAUUCAUUUCUUAGCAGUUGAAGUAAAAUUUUGAUUAAGUAUCAGCUUUUGAGAUUAAGAUCCAACCUUUAUCUAAUAAAUCUCCAAGAAUUCACACCGUUCUGACGUGCAUUACUUCUGUAAUAGGGAACACUGCAAGUUUCUUUUCUCUAUGGACGACUUUGGAAGCACGUUUAUUAUUGAUUACCCGACGCAACCAAGAGCGCUCGGUUCCUUGUGCACAAAAGCCGCCUAUUAAUGUAUGGACCAUGAAAAACAGAUGACCGAUUGAAGGGCGGAGGUGCGAUUUGAAAACGGGCUCGCGAUAUUCCACGCGCCAGUCAGUGACUGUACAUAUAUAUAUAUAUAUAUAUAUAUAUAUA